CCACCAACAAACUUAUUUUCUCUCUUCUCAGAGACUGGCCAAUGGUAGUGAAGCAACUGUGAUCCAGACUGUACAUGCAGGAGUAGGGCAGGGAGGACAGAGCAUACAGAGGACAUUGACUCCUACUGGUUCCAUUCUAGCCUACCAUAUGUGACCUAGCCACUAUAGUUCUCACCUAAACUCAAGUUUUAAUAGUUUGAGAGGUUAUUGGUUAUUGGUUCUUCCGUUAUGCAUAGAAAAGUGCCGGGAUUAGAGGAGAAUUAACACAAAGCAGCGACGCCACUCCAGCCUCCAUCCGAGCCAGGCGUUGGAGAGGGAGAGAAGAGAGAGAGGACUCACAGAGACGAAGACACGCAAGGCGCUCAACACACACACACAGGAGAAGAGUCCCUUGAAGAGAGAUAGAGAGAGAUACGGAGAUACACACCCGCAGAAGAAGUCUCUCGCUAGACAGAGCUGACUAUGGAGGAGAAGCAGUUUGCUGGGAUCCUGAACGGAGCAGUCCCGGGAGAGCCUGUGAAGAAGGAUGAGAACUCCAGGCGGGGGAACUGGGGGAACCAGAUCGAGUUUGUGCUAACCAGCGUGGGCUAUGCUGUGGGCCUGGGCAACGUGUGGAGGUUCCCCUACCUCUGCUACAGGAACGGAGGAGGUGCCUUCAUGUUCCCCUACUUCAUCAUGCUGGUGUUCUGUGGCAUCCCCCUCUUCUUCCUGGAGCUCUCCUUUGGACAGUUUGCCAGCCAGGGGUGCCUGGGCGUCUGGAGGAUCAGUCCUGUGUUCAAAGGUGUGGGCUACGGGAUGAUGGUGGUCUCCACCUACAUCGGCAUCUACUACAACGUGGUCAUCUGCAUCUCCUUCUACUACUUCUUCAUGUCCAUGACCAACCUGCUGCCCUGGACGUACUGCAACAACCCCUGGAACACGCCCGCCUGCAGCAGCGUGGUGGGCAGCACCUCGCGACUCAACGCCACGUUCGCCAACGCCACCAGCAGCCUGGCGGCCGGCGUGGCGGAGGUGGUGAACCGCACCAAGAGGACGAGCCCCAGCGAGGAGUACUGGAAACACUAUGUGCUGAACAUCUCAGAUGAUAUCGGGAACUUUGGGGAGGUGCGUCUGCCCAUCCUGGGUUGUCUAGCCAUAUCCUGGGUGGUGGUCUUCCUCUGCCUCAUCCGGGGGGUCAAGUCCUCUGGCAAGGUGGUGUACUUCACGGCCACCUUCCCCUACGUGGUACUGACCAUCCUCUUCAUCCGGGGCAUCACCCUGGAGGGGGCAGUCAGCGGCAUCAAGUACUAUCUGACCCCCCAGUGGCAGAAGAUCCUGGACGCCAAGGUGUGGGGAGAUGCAGCCUCUCAGAUCUUCUACUCUCUGGGCUGUGCCUGGGGGGGCCUCAUCACCAUGGCCUCCUAUAACAAGUUCCACAACAACUGCUUCAGAGACAGCAUCAUCAUCAGCAUCACCAACUGUGCGACCAGCGUGUACGCCGGCUUCGUCAUCUUCUCCAUCUUGGGCUUCAUGGCGCACCACCUCAACGUCAACGUGUCCGAGGUGGCCGACCACGGGCCCGGCCUGGCCUUUGUGGCCUACCCAGAAGCCCUCACUCUGCUGCCCAUCUCGCCCCUGUGGUCUCUGCUCUUCUUCUUCAUGCUCAUCCUGCUGGGCCUGGGGACCCAGUUCUGUCUGCUGGAGACGCUGGUGACAGCCGUGGUGGAUGAGAUUGGGACAGACUGGAUCAUCAGGAACAAGACGGUGGUCACCCUGGGGGUGGCCAUCCUAGGCUUCCUGCUGGGGGUUCCUCUCACCACACGGGCAGGGAUUUACUGGUUGCUGCUGAUGGAUAACUAUGCUGCUAGUUUCUCUCUGGUCAUCAUCUCCUGCAUCAUGUGCAUCUGCGUCAUGUAUGUGUAUGGCCACAAACAGUACUUCAAAGAUGUGGAGAUGAUGCUGGGAUUCCCUCCUCCACUCUUCUUCAAAGUCUGCUGGAGAUUUGUCUCUCCUCUCAUCAUAUCUUUCAUCCUGAUCUUCACAGUGAUCCAGUACAAGCCUAUCACCUAUAACGACUACGUCUACCCUAGCUGGUCUCUGAUCAUCGGCUUCUUCAUGGCCAUGUCCUCCGUCAUCUGCAUACCCAUCUAUGCCCUGUACAAGAUCGCCCGCUCCGACGGGGCCACCUUCAUGGAGCGGUUGAAGAACUCGUGCAAGCCCGACCCCAAGUGGGGCCCUGCCCUCAUGGAGCACCGGACGGGCCGCUACGCCCCGGCCGGCUGCGACGCCGUGGAGGUCCGCCCCCUGAAGGAGGAGCUAAAGGAGGAGGAGAAGAGCGAGGAGAAGGAGAGGGAGAAGGACGAGGCCGGCCUCACCAUCCAGGGCAGCAACGGCUCCACACACAGUAACCCCACCCCCUCUGCAUAGAGGCCCCGCCCCCUCUGCAAAGAGGCCCCGCCCCCUCCGCCGGGGUCAUCCACGCACCCCCUCUGACCCUCUCUCACCCCUACACCCCCCCACCCCCCCCCCCCCCACCCCUUUCCCACAAUGCACUGUGGGGGACAGUCCGUUCGCUGGAGACCUUUACAUAUUGUAAGGGCUUAUUAUUUCUAUUCUAACCUCUUACUAGAGAAGCAAAAUUGGUUUGGUCAUCUUCCAAAAUAUUUUUAUUUUGUUUCCCAUAGUUUAAUAAUUGCCUUUUUUCCUCUUUGACUUUUCUGUUGUAAAGGUUUUUGUUUUCUUCUUCAAAUGCAGGCUUUGAGAUAGUGUUGAAUACACACUGUGUGUACGUAUGGAAAACAGUAACACAACAGUGGGGCACACAGCUUCCCUUUAUCCACUAGCACAGGCCACUCGGUCAGCUGCUUCCUUAGAGACAAGGCUGGCAAAGCUGGAGACCAAACUCUCUCUGGUCCAGUGGAGACGCAUCCUGAUGACAUCAUCAUCAUGUGACUAGCUAACGUCUACCCUGCAUCCCAAAGCGCAUGCUUUGUACUUUUAGUCGGUAAUGCAUCUUCCCUUGCAAAGUACGUAUUGUUGCAUGCAGUAGGCAUACAAUCGGGACAAACUAUUUAGUCAUAAGAUUGAGCCUUGAACUUUGACCCUCUUGUUCAGACAUCCAUUACAUUACAUAGCUCAAAAUUGUUAUAUUGUUGGAAAAAUAGUUGUUGCUACAUUUCUUUGGUUUGGAAAUAUCAAAAAAACAGAGCUGACCAGAGAUCGGCAUACUGUCGGAGAACGACCACGACAGCUAGAAGGAAAACUCAUAACAAAUGCUGAGUUGACUAUGUUUAACUAUCGUUAAAAACUGUUUCUAAAAACAACCAUGUUAUUUUCACCGUCGGUUUAUAGCCUGUCAGUUACCUCCAGUGUAUCAGCCAUAACAAUGCCACAUAGUGUAAGCAAACUAACUGUACCCUUCUGUCAAGAGAGGUUUGUCUCCAGCUUUCUGCCCAGCUACCCUGACUGAUGCAUGACACAACACAUCACCCAUUCUCAGGGUCCCAAACAUGUCACAGUUACAUCCACUUCUGAAGCAAACCUUCCUUUUAAAUACGUUGGGUUUUUGCAUGAGAUAAAGAGCUAAAAUCGCCUAACAUGCCCUUUUUUUUUUCUUCUUCUCACAAUUCCAACAAACACAACACGGCAGGGUGCAUCUGUGUACAUAAAGUGCCAUCUCUCUCAAGUCUUCCAGGCAUUUCCAUGUUUAACGCAUCCUGAGACCUGGCAGAGUGUUGUGAAGGGAGAUGCAGCCUGGCGACCAACUCAGUCACUGCUAAACCCUGGUGAGCGUGUCUCACCAUGGUCUCUAAACCCUGGGUUUUUGAUCAGAUUGUCUCACUGUGGUCUCUCUGUAGCCCACCAGUUGGAUUUGCCCCAUAAGGCAUGUUACCAAAAACAUGUUCAACGUGCAUGAACUUGAAUAUCUGGGAGGCAUAGCUGGGGAGUGUGUCUUUUAUGUUGUUUUCAUUUUUGUUAGUAUUUUUUUUCUUCAAACAGAGGGAUCUGCAUGUCUCUGUGCAGCGUAAACUAAAUGUAUUUGCAGGCGCUUUCAAAGCCAGGUUGCGUGAUUGGUUGUCGAAACAGGACGGAAAGAGGCCAAUCAGGGCCUUGUGAAUGAGUUUGCCUCCUGAAGAAGAAAAAAAAAAAAAAAACAUUUUAAAAAAACUGUCAUCUUUACUGAAUUAUGUCAUUUUUAAGUAGUGUAGUUCUUAAUAGCAUUGUCUUAUUUUAUCUCUUUAUUGUAAAGUAACAUAGUAAAUAAUUAUAUGGAAAACAUGUUUAUUUUGUAAAGAGACUACAGUAUCUUCAGAGAAAAUAACCUUAAUGUUUACCAUUCCUCAUCCUCGACUUGAUUUUUGUUGGUGAUUGUUAUUAUUGUGCGGUGGGGUAAGGGGGGCUAUAUUUAAGUCAUUGUGACAGGUUGCAUAGAAGGCGGAGCUUCACAACAGGAAGUGUGUUCUAAUAUCAGACUGAAAACGGCAGUUUCCAGACAGUUCCUUCUCUCCUCAUAGUUUGAAUGCAUCCAACUCUCCCUGUGCAUAUGUUGAUGCUGGCUUGACUCAGUUUGUUUCAUUUUCAUGUACCAGGUUGAACUGAAAUCAAGGAGUUGAAUUGCCCCGUUGUUUCAUACAGUGCAUGAUUUUUCAGUUGGUACUGAGUUCAAGUUGAGCCCAACAGUGGUGACAAAGGCUCAACACCUGUCACAUUGACCUACUAAUGGAGAAGGGUUGUUUUACAGCGCAGCUGCUACGGUGCUCGAGCACUACUGAAGCUUCUAAUAUUAUUUUACGUUUAACAGUAUUGUUCAUGUUUAUGUUCCUCAACACCAGACUGCAUCAACCCAGAUUUCCCUUUACUAUCCCCCCCCCCCCCUUUUUCUUUUCUCUGUGUUAAGGUGUCCUGGCUGUUAUCUAUCAGACAGUUGUCCAAAACACAGACGUCCAACCUUGGGGUCCAAUAGGAGAGUAUAUUUGACACUCAGGAGAGUAGCCUAGAUUGUGGUCCAAUUAUUUUCUUAUUGACUAAAAUAAGACAAAUGAAACUUUAACUUAGUCACUGCCCAGAGCGUUACUUCAGGUGAAGUGUCAUGAAAAGGACAAUAAUUAUAAGCACAAGAGUACAGCAGUCCACAUUUUACAAAGUCGUAGUCCUGGAAGUGUGUUGAUCAGGUAUUGACUCUUGCGGAGACUUGUGGCCGACCUCUGAACUAGGUUGGGUCUGAACUGACCUUGAGCACAGUGUUAAGAUGUGUCACUCAUCACGUUGUGUAGGCUGUGAUUGGACAGUGUAAAGGAAUCACAACCGUUUCUUUACAACUACUGGCGUAAAGAGACCAUCUUAACCAUUCAUGAGAUAUCUUAUUUAUUAACAUGAUGAACUGACAGUAUUUUAUGGUGAUAUCAUACCAGUGUGUUGCCACAGUUGCUCUCUCGCUGCAUGAGCCAGUACAGGGUAGAAGGUCCUGGUGCGAGCCCAGAGAACAUUCUAGGCUAACCUAGGGGAACGUGUUAGGACUUGGCUUCUUACUGGGACAGUCUGGACAGUAAGUUUCCCCUGUUCCUUUUGAACGUUAUGACUGCUAUAUGUCAUUACAAUACUUAGUUAAGGUAAAACCUCCAUAGUAUUGCAACCCAGCUAUCCUCAAUAUUUCUCCCUGGUCAGAUACUUGUACAGUCAUGUAAAAAAUAAUCCUCUUUGGACUGGUGUGUGUGUGUAUGUGUGUGUGUUAUAUUUUUGUUUGUUUUUUGAAGGGGGGGAUUUUUGUUCUUUGUAGAAUAAGUAGGCAGUGUUUCAGUGUACUGUGUAUUUCCUGUGUAGUGGGUAUUUUACUGCUGAGCCUGUAGGUAGUUCACGGUAGUGUCAGUAUUGAUGUCAUGUAAUUCUAAUCAGACAGUAACUAUCCAUGUCGUAAAUCUAACAUACACGAUCUACCAAUUUAAGAUCUUUUUUUUACUAAAAACAAUACAUAUAAUAUUGUCUGAUUUUAAAUAAUAUUUUAUUCAUGUUCAGUGACACUACCUUUGUCUUUGAAGUUCUACAAAAGCCAGCUGAUAUCAAAAGUAUUACCAAACAAAAGCUUUGGGUUGAAACUUGAAACUGCAAAGGAAUGCUUUUACAGUGAGUGUUAGAAAAGGUGCCUGCAGCUUCAUUGCUAUUGGGGAACAUUGCAUUCAUACCUCUUAACCAACAAACAGUCCUGUGCCAACAGUGUUUGACCUACAACAUAAUGCUGCAUUCUCUGUGCAGCGGGAUCACUGUACACUAUGCUGUGGUACAGUUUGUUACAUUGUCACUUUACAGUGCGCUAUGUGGUGAUACUUUACUAAGUAAACUGGCUGGCCUUGUCAAUUUCACUAAGGUUGUUUUACAUACAUUAGUUUAUUUGGUAAAAAAAAAACACACACAAAAACACCAUAAUCAUUGGUGACAUUUGCAACCGCAUUGGAUGAUAUAAAAUGCAGAUGUUUGUUCAUUAUUUUCAAAGUUUAGCCAAGUUGGGGACUAGAAGGUGGAUUUUACCAAGUGAAGAGCAAUGGGAAAAAGCACAAUGCAACACACAACUGUUCAAUGUCAGUUGUUGUUUCCUACCUAGUCUUCCUCAGUGUUCCAGUGCUGAGUGUGAGCCUACCCUUCACUGUCCAGGUAGCAGUACAUGUGUUGCAACAAGGUUCACUGGAUGAAUAUGAAUAUUUACGUGCCAUUGCUUAAAAACACAUAUUUUCCUUCACCUCAUAUUGAUAUUGCUGUAGUGAGUCUAUGGAUGUAGGUGAAGUGUGCUAAAUGUGACCUGGAAACUAAUGGUACACCUCUACUGUAUUAAAACUGUGAUUCCGCUUUUCCGUGACUUGUCACAAUCAUGGAAAAGAUCUUUUACAUUUCUUUUUCAACAUAAGUCAUGUUUUCUCAUGUUGUUUCAGCACUUUAAAUGUCAUGUGUGUUCAUAAGCAACAGAAAAUAAUACAACUUCCAUUUUGAAACAAGUAAUAACGAAGUAUGAUGCCUGUUGGUGCUUUGGUGCACUGCUGUUAGGUCCAGGGUUCCUCAGAGGGCAUGUUGUUGGGCCAAUGUAAAUUAUAUCACAAAGGAAAGUAUAAGCACAAAUGAAAUAAAAACUCCUAUUCUGGUACUCUUAUCAUAUCUAUCUAACCAUGUCUUGAAAUGUUAGGGCCAAAAUCCAUUGAAUUGUCUUAGUCAUGUCAGCUGUAUAUCGUAAACUGUUCAAUUACAAAAUGGUAAAUAAAAUCUAUUUUAAAGAUCAA